AUGCAGCGCUUUGUCAAGCACAGUGACGUGCAGGCGUUGCUGCCCGAUUUGGGGCUUCCUUUAAUCGACUUCGCAGCAGUACCUUCAAGCGGUGCGACAGUCGUGAUCGACGACGAUGACACACCCAACCCAGGUGUCUCAUUGGUAGCUAUGGAGGGCGAGGGCACGAGUGCACCGUCUCAUAUACCUUCACCGUCACCUGCGCCACAUGAGUUGUCGCAGUUGCGUGCACACGAUGUGUGGGCAGCCAGUAGAUCAACACAGUCAUCAUCGCUUACAGUCCUGGACAUAGAUGAAGACGAGACUGAACAUGAACAUGCUGACAACCAUGUGGGUGAGCAGAUUGUGCCAGUACAAGCAGCUGCCGACCAGACUCAGUUGGCUGUGAGAAAUGUUGGCUGGGGAGGGUCCAGGCUCACUUUGCAGAAGUUAAAAGACUUGAAGCAUGAUGAUUUUGCAAACAUGACCGCGGCUCGUUGCGCUAUUGUUGGGGCACAGGCAUGCGCAUCGCUUCGAAGAAUGUCUGAACAGCUGGCUGUUGCGAAGCUUGCAAAGAGACGUUUGAACAGGAAACUGUCCGUGUCUGCGUCACGUGCAACGAAGCAACAAUCAUUGCAAGAUGCUAAGUCAAGCAAUGAGUCAACGCUUGUUCUCCAGACGGGCCGUUCUGGGAAACGCCUUACACCGACUGCAACGCUUGCCUUGGGAAUUAGGCGCAACAUUGCUCACGUUGCAGCCGCAGACUUUGGGGCGUUGCUCAUGGUGGAUCUAUCGGGAUCUACGGUUAUACGCUCCGAAAUACGUACAGGGGCAGCGCUGGCUGCGAGCAUGCAGGACUACACGUCUGAUCUUAUGUCGGUGUUGCGUUCGACUGGUCGCGCCACGGUACCAGGUGUGGACGCACCAGACCUCGCCGACAUCGCGUACGACGAAUCUGCUUGGAGCCUUUUGGUUAUAUCCGUGCGAGCAGACGCUACACAUUCAUCCAUUUGGAGGAGAGAAAAGCUCCACGUGACAGAGGCUGAGCUAGGACUUGUCACCGCUUCGCUCAAGAGCUUUCCUGUGUCAACCGACGCGUCAGAUCUACAGAUCGUGUCGGGGUGCACCGCGGAACACGCCGCGGGUAUUUUGCAGAAGCAACUGAACUCGAUUGGAGUGCCAUCUGUGUCCGACAUCGUCGCAGAACUGAGCCAAGAGAAGCUAGGUGACGUCGACCGCAUCGUCUACAUUCCGUCGGACUGUUACCUUCACAUAUUCCACGCAGCGGUGCGUGGUGGGCUCGAGUUGGUGGACGAGCUUAUCGCCGAAGCGUUUAGCAGCGAAACCCUUCGCGGCUUUGACCGGUACUAUAGCUCUAUCGCCAAACUAACAAAUCUCUGGCGAGAGAAAGCGUCAGCUAUGAUGACAGCUUGGCAGGACGUGCACGAUGGGCAAGGCGAAGCGAGUGAGGACACCCGCCUGCUGGGCCAAAGAUACCCGUUGAGCGUUUCGUCAGGGAGGUGGGGGAGCGUGGAGGGUGCAGAAGAGUUUUUGUUGGAGCGGGGGCGGCCGUUGGUGGAGCCUGUUAUGCUGCGAGUACUGAGCAAAUUCAUGAAGGCUGACACCGACACAGCAGCCGACGCGGUCGACGCGGAAAAUGUUGACGCAGCCGCAGCAGACCCAGCAUCAGCCGAGGCAGCACCAGCAGCAGGUGACGGCGGUGACUCUGGCCUUGUCAAGGAGUCUGAUGGGAUGGACGAUGUGGCCUCCUACAAGAUAAAGCUGACAAAAUGGUGCACGGGCACACUUCGCGCUGUGACGUCGUGCGUAUUUUGGUGCCUGUUGUUUCUGUGUCGGACACUUCGUUCUCCGUUGCGACACUUUAUGCUCUUCGUCCAGAAAGAGUCUCGCGGGGGUGAAUGUAUGUUCAAGCUUAUCACAUCGAAACUUGGUCAGAUCACGCGCGAGUUUCAGACUCUCUUCCACAGGCUUCCAGAAAUUGUUUCUCAGGCGAUGCAUCUAUCAGGAUGUCUUGACGAUCAGAAGGGUCUUUCCGACAGGGAUGUCUUGCACAUGCGUUAUGUGGCUUUGCGUUUGCUACUGAUGCAUUGGGCUGCAUUUCGCAGACGUAUCAUACGACCGUUGCAACAGUUUCCUUGGCAAUUGUUCUGGCUGAUAAAGGAUCCGCCUCGGCAAUUCUCACAGAAGAGGAAAGAUAUUGCCACGAAGUUUCUUAUGGUUGGCUUGGAAGAUCUGGACCAUUCGUCGCGGAAGAUCCGUGCAUUGUGCAGUCGCGAGUUGCAGCACAUGAGGGAUCACGGUGUGUUCCCGGACGUUCCGUCCGUGUCAGGUAGCUUCAUGUAUGGCUUCCUGAAAUCUUUGGCUAGGAUGCAGCCUGUUGACACACAAGCGAUCGAGGGGAUCAACAGCGUGAUUAAACUGGUUGGGCGCAGAUGUCCGAAUAUUUCCUUGGAGCUUCUCUCAGCUAGGCUUGCUAUCAAGCGAUCGCUCACGGAAGAUGGGUCCAUGCGAAGACAGAAGAAAUGGUCGCGUAUCAGACAUGCUGCUGAACAAAUGCUGGCUACAAUCACUGGGUACCAUGGCGCUGCACUUGCUAUAUUGGGCAAUCCGUCUCGUUGGUCACACCCUUUGCCUGUGGAGUUGGUUCAGGAAAGCGAUCGCCCGACAGUGUUGGGUAUUACGGACAGGCAGUCGUUGGCAGUGGUUCGAUCUGAUCGAAUGUCUUCAUCGCUGCCCGUGGUUCCAGCGUCUCACUCGCAAGACCAUCAAGACGCGCCGGGCGUGGCCCCAGCGUGCAACGGCGACAAGGCUGAUGGUGUGUCAGUGAUCCGACAGGACAAGAUUCUUGGAGACCACGAUCAGUUCUUCACAUCGCUCACGUCGCCUGAAGCAAUUCUCUGGGCCAAAUCUUAUAAUCUGGGAUGGCGUAGAGCCACCGCUGCUCUGCAUGGCAAGAAGAAGAAGAAGAAGGCUAAACAAUCACAAGGCGAAGCGGUUGGUGUGGACAGCAAGCGUGGCAUGCUUCUGGCGGUUUCCAGUCUAGCUGCGCAGCCGGGUCAGGGUCGCAUCAGCUGCCACAUGUUUAUGCAGUUCUUGAGAAGUUCUCUGUCAGUGUUAUGUUCUCGAAAGUGGACGUUGUUGAGCAAGAAGAUGCCGGCGUAUAUCUUGAGUGGAAAUACAAUGAAUACAACUGCAUAG